AUAGCUUCCGACACCUCUCGCUCAACAUGCAAAGCCCCCUGUUAGCAAGAAAAGGUCGAGUCAAGCUUCAAUGGCUGCCUUAGAGCAGCAGCCUCCGAAGAAGAGGAAGCUAUAUGAGCAACUCCCUAUUGAACCAGUUUCUCAGAGCUCAGCUCCGCUUACACAGGAAGAGAUCCUUCGAAAGAGGCGUAACAAACAAGAGAUCAUAAGCAUUUAUGAAUCUUAUAGCAGGAUCAGAUAUUGUCUAUCACAGAAGGAUUUUCAUCUUUUGCCUGAAUUUGAGCAGGCUUUUCUGUCUCUCAUCAAAGCUUCCAGAGGUUGUACGAGUGCACAACGAAUUGUAGCUCAACUUAUUCCUCGUUAUGCUUUAUACUUCCCUACUGCUCUUGAAGCUGCAGCUACAGUUGCAAUCAAUAUGUACAAUUGGAGCCUAUGCAUAAUAAGAGGGGGAGAGGACUCCGAUGGUGUUGCAUUCCAAACUGCUGAUGUUUGCAUUUUUGGUUUGGUUGAUAUCUGUUUAGCUGCUUCAACUGUGGCUCCUACAUCAUCUGUUAUUAAAGGCAUUUGUUCGGCUGUAUUUCUUAAUGUACUUGGUUACUUUGUUGCCACCUUUGAAGGUCAGGAUAUUUAUCAUGUUACCGAUCUUGAAAUUGAGAACCUGCAAAAAUCUAAAGAAUGUUUCUUUGAGUUAAAGCAGGAAUUGGCAGAUGAUAGUAAUCCAGUGUUGGAAAGAUUGUUUACAUAUCAAAAGUUGGGCCUAUUAAGAAUUUUCUUUUGUUGCCCUAAAGAGCUACUUGGGGCUUGCUUUGAGCUCUUAGAAUCGACCGACGCCAAAGCUCAGACAGGAGGCUGUUACUUCUUAAAGCAGGUGACAAAUCUGCUUAAUGCGGAGGAGGUUACUGCUCAAUCAGACAAAUUGAGUGAUGGGAAUGCAGGUAUGGAAUGCAGUGUGACUGGUGAGGAGAGGCUGAUCUUAGAUGCUCCUGGGAUGCGAAAUAAUCAUACUCUCAAGGAAGGUUAUCUUGUUUCAAUGAACUGCUUGCUUGGAAAGGUGAUUCAUAAAAAGCCUUCUGUAAGAACUUGGAUCCUAUCAAGAUACAAGACAUUUCAUAACUCCGCUUCUCCAGAAGCCUUGCUAGAGGUUACUGCAGCACUGGAAACAAUUUUUGAAUCAUUUUCACAAGCAGUUUCUGACACCAAUAGUGAAGAAGACAAUGAUUCAGAUGUGGACACACAAUAUAUUACUCACAACUAUGUGAAGCUCCAAAUUGCUAGCGGGCAUAGUGAUUCUGCUGACUUGCCUCGAAGGGACUACAUUCUGAAAAGAGAUGGUGCCCGUGUUGUCGAUGCUCCUAAUGAUGAUAUGGAUACAUCUGAUAAGAAUUUUGAUCAAAACUCAAAAAUCAGCAGUGUAAUUACUUCAGCCAUAGGGAACUUAAAUUUAGUCAAAGAAAGUUUUAGUCAUGAGAGUGGUCGCAUAUCUUCCGCAAAGCACUGUGAAGGCUCCAAACAACCAGAUUUAGGCAGAGAUAGACCUUUACUGCAGGAAAAUAUGGUUGGUAAGAAGUUACUGACCCCAAAGGUUGCUUCAUGUGAUGGAGAAGUCCACACAGUUCAGGAUGAGAAGAACCAUAAUUUGUAUGUCGAACAUUUGAACUCCCCUGCCAUGAGAUCUAUUCGUGCUUCUAGUAUUGGAUCUUCUCCUAUGCAGCCUUUGAACCUUCCAUCUCAUUCAUCUCCAGUAACUGGUCAUAUUGCUUGGUAUUCAGAUGGGGAUCCUGCUGCCAUGGAUGUCUUUUCUGCUUCCAGGCAACUUUGGUUGGGUUCUCCAGGGCGUGAUGCCACAGAAGCUUUAGUGAGAUCGCAUUUUGAGAGGUUUGGUCCUAUUGAUCAAUUUUUGUUCUUUGCUGUUCAGGGCUUUGGCCUGAUUGGAUAUAUAAACAUAAUGGAUGCUGUAAAGGCUCGUGAAUGCAUGCUAGGAACUUCCCCUUGGGGUUCUGUUCUUCGAGUAAAGUUUUUGGAUGUGGGAUUGGGUAGCCGAGGUGCUAUUGGUGGUGCUGCUGUUGGAGCAAGCUGCCAUGUCUAUAUUGGCAGGGUUCUAAGCCAAAGAGACAAAGAAACAAUUUUACAUGAAAUAGUUGCAUCAGGCCUGAGGAGCCCUUGCAUGGUCACUGACCUUCCCAGUGAAAGUGCUUUGUUGAUGGAAUUUGGUACUGCUGAGGAAGCGGCUGCUGUGAUGGCUCUUAUCAGGCAACAAAGGAAAGAGAGGGGAUGUCAUGGACAUUUGAGCAAAGGAUUUCCUGCAAGUGCUGAAAUGAGUAAACCUAGUGUAUCACAUGAAGAGCAUUUGCUCAUUUCACGAAAAUCAAUUGGCUUUCAUCCAAGUCAUGAUGGUUCAUAUUCUUCUGGUUGGGGAAAUCAACCAGGGAAGCCGCACUCAGCUUCUUUUGGAACUGGUGCAGAGAGCAUUCAAGGGCUCAGUUCUAAUAUAACAUCAGAGAGCUUCGGGACACCAACUUCACAAAGUGCUCAUCCCUUCAGUUCAACUUGGGCUGUUGCCAGUAGCACAGCUCUUGGGGAAGAUGGACUGAGGAAACUUGACAGAGUUGGAAGUUUUGAAAGGAACAUGGAGCCAAAUUUUGCACCAACGGCAAAUCUUCAUAUUGGAAGAAUUCCCCCUAUAUCUGACUAUAAGCAUAACUUCACGAUGGGAGAUUCUACUGGAAGUUUACGAGAGGCUUCUGCCAUUCCUCAUGCUAAUGAGCAUGCUUGGCUUUAUAAAAAAACUGGACCUGAGCUUCAAGAAUCUCCAGUUGGGAGCUUAGCCUGCACUCCAUCUAUUACACCACUAUCUAUCAAGGCUCACACUUUUACACAACCUGGGUUUGUUGCCUCAAGCAAUGCUUGGGAUGUGCAUUGUCUUAAUCCUUCUUCACCUCUUACUCGGAUUUCAUCAGGAACUAAUCUAAACAAUGUUCAUACUAGUUUUUGUGCGCCAUCUUUUUUACCUUCUGUGACCCCUCUUUCCCAACUAAUGGGAGGUUCUGCUCAGCAUUUGGCCCGUAUAUCUCCACCACCUCCACCACCCAGUGAUUUUCCCACUCCACCGCCGCCUCCACCCCCAUCUCAGCCUCCAUUGGUUCCUCCACCACCAACCUCUCCACCUCCUGCAUCAUUGCCACCUAGUUUUGAAUCUUCAAAACUAGAAACUCAUAGACAUAGUUCACAAUAUCGCUGGCAAGGAGCCCUGUGUAAAAGUGGUGCUCAUUACUGUACAGUUUUUGCAAAUAGGGAGGAUUCAGAUGCCUGCAAAUAUGUUAACUCUGUACCUGAACCAGCAGAUUGGCCUACUAGAUUGGAUGUGACGAAGCGUACUGAUUUUCGGCAUGUGAAUUCUACAUUUAAUAAUACUCCAUCACAUAAAAGAGAAAUCUGUCGACUGCUUCCAUGUACCCCAGGUGACCACAAAGGCUUUCAGGACUUUAUUGCAUAUCUGAAACAGAAAGAAUGCGCUGGCGUUAUAAAGAUUCCAGCUGGGAAAUCCAUGUGGGCGAGGCUUCUGUUUAUUCUCCCCCACUCUGUGGAUACUUGCUCUAUGAUUGGCAUUGCUCCCUAUCCCACUGAUUGCCUUAUUGCUUUGAUACUUCCUAAGGAGACGAGCUUCGACUGGGUCUGAAAUUUGAGCUAAAUGUGAUGGGGAGAGCAGGGAAUCUCGAGAGAUCGAUGCUUGCAGAGCUCGUAUUGACAACAAUGGAUGAGUUGGUGAAAAUGGCCCAAGCUUCUCAACCUUUGUGGAUUCCAAGCUUUGAAGGAGGGAGCGAGACCCUCAAUUAUGAGGAGUAUAUGCAGGUCUUCCCCAGGUGCAUGGGUCGAGAGCUCUUGGUUAUGUGUCUGAGGUGACAAGGGAGAUGGGCAAUGUCAUCAUCAAUAGCCUCGCACUCGUUGAAACUCUCAUGGAUGCAGUGAGCCGGUUGAAUUUGAUUUUUACCCUCUUGAACUGUCCUAUAAUGCUUCAUCUAAAAUCGUAUUUUGUUGGUUGAUGUUUCUACAUUGGUUUUCAACUGAUUCUCCAUAUCAGUGCCUGAGUGGGCAAUGAUUCCGAGAAUCUGAAGAGAAAAGGUAGAAUUGUGCAGUGUUUGGUAGAGAAAAGGUAUAAUUGUUGAUUUAAAA